AUGAAUCGAUUUGCACAAUCAUUGAUUAAAACAACUUUAUUUCAAUUUAAAAAUGUAAAUUUAAUUGGACGUCAAAGUUUAGCUUUUAUUUCAACAACUAAUGAUGAUAAAACAAAGAAAUUAUUUGAUUUAAUUAAAGAUAUUCGUUAUGCUAUGAUUACAACAAUUGAAUCAGAUAAGAGUCUUCGUUCACGGCCAAUGGCAAGUCGUCAAGCCGAAACUUGGGAUGGUACAUUAUGGUUUUUUACUAAACAAUCUUCUCCUAAAGUUAAAGAAGUUAAACAAAAUCUUGAUCAAGUUAAUGUAUCUUAUGGAGAUCCAAAUAAAAUGUCAUUUGUUUCUGUUAGUGGUAAAGCUGAAUUUGUUGAUGAUAAAGCUAAAUUAAAAGAACUUUGGUCAUCUUAUUUAAAAGUAUUUUUUCCUCAAGGAUUAGAUGAUCCAGAUUUAAUAUUAAUGAAAGUAACAGCUAAUUAUGGUGAAUAUUGGGAUUCACCCAGUAGUAAAAUGGUACAAUUAUAUUCAAUGGCUAAAGCCGCAGUAACUAAAAAUCCUCAAGCUCUAGGUGAAAAUGAAAAAAUUGAUAUUCAGAACUGUUUGAAAGAUAUGAAUACUGAUGAAACAAGUAAAUCAUUAACAGUUACAACAAAUUCAUCGUCUGAAAUAAAACAUAUGAAUAUCGAAGAUUUAAAAACAAGUUUUAUCGGUAAAACAUCGGAAUAUAUAAAUACUAUGUUAAAUACUGUACUUGAUGACCCCGUAUUACUUCGUGUAGCUAUAAGACGAUGUCGUCUUGAUUGUGCAGAAGCUGAACGUCGUAUAACUAAAUUAAAAGAAGAUAAUAAGGAAUAUGUUCCUAAAAAUGAAUAUCUUGCUCUUCAACAAACAUAUGAUGAACUUGUUAAAGCAUCGGAACAAUUAAAACAAAAUUUUCGUAAUGCUAAAGUUGAAUAUAAUGCAUUGAAAGAAGCACUUGAAUAUUUAAUUAAAGAUCGAGAUAAAUAUUUUACAUUAUGUGAAACUUAUCGUGCUACUUUAACUCCUAGACCAAAAUGGGAACGAUGUGCAUCAAUAAUUGAAGGUGGAAUAGAACAUUGGAAUGAAUUAUCUAUUGGAAAAACAAGUAAUGAACUUGUAGAUAUUUUACUGAAUGAAAUUAUUGGUGGCAAUGAUAUUUAUAAUAAUGUUGUAAAUUUUAUUGGUCUUGGUCUUGAUCCAACAAUACCAAAAUUUCUUCAAACAACAUCGAAUAUUCGUAAUCGACAUUUUAUGCAAAGAGAUAUUUCUCUUUUAAUUGAAGAUAUAUGGAAAAAAAAGAUUGAAUAUGACUUGGAACAAGAAUCUACAACAACUUCAAAACAAAAUAUUAAAAUAUCUCUUGUUGAUUUUGUACAUAUUUAUUUGAAACAACGUUUUCCUGAUGAUGAACUUUUACAAUUAGAAUGGGGAUAUAAUCUAGUAGCAGGUUGUCGACGAUUUAAAUCAUCUCCUGAUAUAAGCAAUUUUUGGAGUGUACUUCUAGGACAGACUGAUGAAGAAGUUUAUCAUCAAAAACGUAUUUCUUUCACCAAUGAAAAACAAAAUUCAUAA